AACCCCCGAACUUCGAGGAGGUCCACGGUUUAUUCGCAGUCCGCACGGCCACAACACCCAGACUCUGAGACACCACGAUGGACCUACAUGAAGUGCAGAAUGCGACCGUCCGGUUUUUGAACGACGCCAAUACCUAUCUAGAGAGGAUACCCGGCUCUUCGAUCGCGGUGCGCUACAUCAAGUCGAGUUACCAGAAUGAUCCGGUCAGAAGCGCAGUCGAGCUGUUCCUGUUCCUCUUCGCCGUGAGGUACCUGCUUGCGCCGAAGUAUAGUACACAGAAGAAGGUGCACCUCACAGACGCGGAGAUCGAUGAGCUCGUAGAGGACUGGACGCCUGAACCGCUUGUUGCAGUGCCUACCUCGUUCGAGGAGCUCGACAAUGAGAAGAGGCCUGUGAUUGUAGGACCUACAGGACCCAAGUCGAAGCUCUCAAACGGCCGUACCGUCACGAACCUCGCCUCCUUCAACUUCUACAACUUCGUCGCAAACGAGACGCUCAAAGAGAAAGCCAUCCAGACCCUCCGCACUUAUGGUGUUGGUCCUUGCGGUCCCCCCGGUUUCUACGGCACACAAGAUGUACACAUAAAGACAGAGCAGGAUGUCGCUGCGCAUUUGGGUGUGCCCGCCUGUAUCAUCUACGCGCAGUCCUUCUCCACUAUUUCGAGUGUCAUUCCUUCUUUCUGCAAGCGUGGAGACAUCAUUGUUGCGGACAAGGCAGUGAACUUCCCUGUGCGCAAAGGUAUUCAGAUCUCUAGGAGCACGGUGCGCUGGUACGAACACAACGAUAUGGAGGAUCUGGAGAAGGUGCUGCAAAGGGUCAUCAAGGAGCAGGCCGGCAAGCCCCUCACACGGCGCUUCAUCAUCACUGAGGGUCUGUUCGAGAACAUGGGCGACGUUGUCGACCUGCCCAAGCUGAUCGAGCUGAAGCUCAAGCACAAGUUCCGCCUCAUCCUCGACGAAAGCUGGUCUUACGGUGUUUUGGGCAGGACUGGACGCGGUGUCACUGAAGCCCAGAACGUCGAUGCGACUGAGGUUGACAUGAUCGUUGGCUCGCUAUCGGGAUCCUUGUGCGCAGCGGGAGGAUUCUGUGCUGGUAAUGAGGAGGUUGUGGAACACCAGCGCAUUUCUUCAGCUUCGUACACAUACUCUGCUGCACUGCCAGCGCUGCUUUCGACAACCGCGAGCGAGACUAUUUCACUUCUGCAGGAGCAGCCUGAGAUCCUGACCAGUCUGAGGGAGAGAAUCGAGGCGAUGCGCGCACAGCUCGAUCCCAGGAGUGACUGGGUCAAGUGUACGAGUUCGGUGGAUAACCCCAUUAUGCUGCUUGUCCUUAAGGAUGAGGUCAUCGCGGCCAAGAACUUCAGCAUCGAUGACCAGAACCAGAUUCUGCGCGAUGUCGUUGACGAGUGUCUCGCAAACGGUGUUCUGAUCACACGACUAAAGCCUUUCCCACUUGGUCUCGGUGCUAACCCUCGCGACGCCGGCUGGCAACCUGUGCCUGCCCUCAAGGUGUGCAUUACCAUCGGGUUGACGAAGAAGGAGACCGAGAAGGCAGGUGUCAUUAUACGACACGCCAUCACCAAGAUCGUCUCGAGGAGGAAGUAGAGCCUCGACGACCUGCUACGAGUACGAUUCAUGUUGGGUUUGGUGAACGGAGCAUCGUCUUUCCCGUUGCAGCGAGCAUCUUUGUUUGCGAGCCACUCCUCUGUACGAAACUUGGUCAGAUAGAUAUACUUUUUGUAAUGCAUAAUACCGAUGGUUAGUCCACUGUCGACUCUGCAA